AGUCCAUCCAUGAAAUUUCCUUGCUACUAAAUAUUCCACGGUCAACUGUUAGUGGUAUUAUAAUAAAGUGGAAGAAACUGGGAACAACAUCAACUCAGCAAUGAAGUGGUAGGCCACGUAAAAUGAAAGAGCAGGAUCAACAUAUGCUGAAGUGCACAAUGCACAGAAGUCGCCAACUGUCUGCAGAGUCAAUAGCUAAAGACCUCCUAAGUUCAUCUGGCCUUCAAAAGAGCUUCAUGGAAUGGGUUUUCAUGGCCGAGCAGCUGCAUCCAAGCUUUACAUCAGCAAGUGCAAUGCAAAGCGUUGGAUGCAGUGGUGUAAAGCAUGCUGCCACUGGACUCUAG